AAUUUAUAUGUGUAUGCCUGUUAAACGUGUCAAGAUUAAUAAAGUAUAUGUUUUAAUGUUUUUUGUAACAAAAUGAGCACGUCACAUUUACGCUUGCCGUCCGUGAAGCAUGCCGGGAAACGGCAUUUUUUUCAAUGACGUCUCAACUCUUAACAUUUCAUAUGCACUGUUUGUUUUCCAUUAAUAAUUCUACAGUGCGUUUAUUUAGGUUGAAUAAAUACCGUUAAUGGCAUAUUAUACAGGUUGCGUUGAUCGAUUCAAACGACGUCUUUUAAAAUGCGGGGAAAACGACUACAUUUCCCAGAGAUCCACUCCUCACGGUGUUUCCUGUAUUUUGGUUGUGGUCCCUGAUUCCAAAGCGUAAAGAGAAAAGUGAUUCACUGUUUGAAACGUCAGUGUGUCGUGAUAUGAAUGAAACCGAAUGUUACUCAUGUAUGAUGUCAGGAGAUGAGCGCUUCAUGUUAAAGCGACAAGCGUGUGUGUGUGUUUUCUGAGGAACAUCAGCAUGGAUAAUCGCUGUCACUGCUGCGCAUCUAAAUUUACUCUCUUCAGGAAAGAGGUGGGUUGUAAAAACUGCGGCCAUUCUUUUUGCGCUGGGUGUCUGACAUACACUGCUUCUGUGCCAAAAUGUGGAAGCAGUCAGCAGAAAGUCUGCAAACAGUGUUAUGGAAACUUAAGCAGCACAGGGAACCAGAGUGAUGCUGGCCGAUGGUCUCCACCAGAAAACUACAGAAAACGUGUUGCUGCUCUGGAAGCCAGACAGAAGCAGCCGUCCAGACCCGGAGGUCCUGUGGGUCUCCUCGCAACCAAAGGUCUCAGUAAAGAGGACCAGCUCAUCGCACAAAGACUGCAGAAGCUGAAAGAGGAAACCAAGCCUAUGGUGACAGAAUCCAUACCGUCAGAGAAAGAGCUGGAGUCUCGUCUCACUGCAUUGAAAGCACCGCUACAGCCUGUGGCGUCUGCUAAAGAGAUGGAGGAGCGUCUGGCUGCCCUACAGGGACGACCGGCACCCUCUCAAACCCCCAGACCUGUUCAUCAGCCGCCUGACAGCCGGUCGCAGACAGAACAGACCAAUGAUUUACUCACACAGAUGACGGAUGAAGUUGCUAUUGACAACCAGCAUCAGCCUUCAGAGGGAAGCACAGAUGAACCCUUAAAUGACCUCAAUAAACAAGAGGGCUGGAACAUCAAUGAGAAUAUGGAGGACACAGAGCUGUCAAUCAAACAGCUGGAGGCGGAGAAAAGCAGAAUGCUGGAUGAAGCUGUGAAGGAACUGCAGAAAGACAAAAGCAAUCAUGAGGAGAUGCUUCAGAUGGCUAAAAGACUCGCCGUUCUGCAGGGACGAGACCCAGAGCAGGUCCAUCUGUCAGAUGUCCAGCAGGUGGACAGCGAUGAAGAGAGCGAGGAGGACGCCAUCAACAGGGUCCUGAAAAGGCUGUCAGAAGAAGCGGCUCUAGAUGAGGCCAGCGGUUACAACAUCCCACCCGAAUUGAGCGGCCCGACAAACACAGAGGAGAACACACGCAGCAGAAAAGCGAGUUCAGAGCGCUCAUCUAAACCCAAACCACCCGCUGCCGUCUCACGCCCUCAGCUGUUAAAUGAUGAAGACGAGGAGGAUGAGGAGUUGCCGUGGUGCUGCAUCUGUAACCAUGACGCCACCAUCCGAUGUCACACGUGUGAUGGAGAUCUGUACUGCGGCCGCUGCUUCAUGGAAGAUCAUGACAAAUAUGAGAGAAAAGAUCAUCGCACAUCUACAUACACCGCACCUAAGAAAGCCAAGAGGAAAACAUGAUUCUCUACGACGGUAUUUCAUAUCAAUGAAACCUUACUGCUGUUUAAAACUAGAUCUCUAAUAGCAAAGUGAAAUGACUAUGUUACCUAAAAUCUCUUCUGUAGUUUAAAGAGAAAUCCGUGUCAAACACAAAGAGCUCUUUAUGAUUUAGUGAUAAUGAAUAGAAAUGUCUUUUUAACAGAAAUGUGUCAUAAUACAGUUAGUGAAUGUUUAGUUUGGACUCUCAGUGGUCUGUAAUGAUAAACUGCAUCAUUCGGUUUAAAACCGUAAUAAAGUGUUUAACUGAAGUCAGUCAUGUGAUUCAUCACCUGAACACACAAGACGCGCCGUGACAUCCCAUAAGAAAGAAAGAUCACAAAUAAGAUCAUUUCUUUAUUAUCGCUAUUAUUUCUCUCAGAAAUUCGUGAUAUUAAAUAAAGAGCAAAUGGAAACUUUGGCUUGCGUCUCAGAUAUUUCUCUUGAGCAGAAAAAGUGUCAGAAAUGUGUCUGUCCUGAGAGUUUGAGAAGAGACGUCAACAAUGUGUCAAACUGAGCUCAGAUUUGUCUCGUCUGCGAUCAAAAGUCAAUAUGAUUGAAGAUCUCAAUAUCAACUCAAACAUUUCAGAUUUGCCCUAAUCCUCUACAAGACAUUCAUUUUUUUCAACACUGCCAACAAGACUCAUUUGUGUCUGUGAGCAAUUUUAGGAGAAACAUCUGAGACCACGUUGAUACUUCAAUGCUGAGAAAUCUCCAGAGCUAUGAAAGAGAAACAGCUGAGCAAGAACAUUCUCCUCUGGGAUUAUUUAUCUGA